GAGGUGUACGUCUUCGCGGCCCAGACCGAGUACCACGUCUUCGGAAGCGUGGAGGCGGCAUCUGGCGUCUUCCGUCUGGGCCUGGAGAGGCACGGGGACAGGGAGCCAUCCCUGCUGGCGGCGUACGUGAAUUUCCUUGUAGGCGCCAACGACCUUCGCUCUGCGCGCGCGGAGUUGUCGCGUGGCGUGCUGGGCCGACUGCAGGCUGGUGUGAGGGACCAGCUGUCCAACCGCGUCAACCCUCUGGUGAGGGAGAGCCUCGCCUUCCUCUGGCAGAAGUGGGCGCGGCUGGAGCGCUACUUCGGCGACGCAGGGGCCCUCCGCCGCGCGGCCGCCUUCCGGGACGAGGAGUACCGGAACAUGCAGCGCGACCAGGACGUCGAGGAGGAGAGCAUCGCAGAGGUUCCGAUGGCGCUGGGAUUGGCCACAACGAUGACGGAGGUCGAGGAGGGCUUCCGCUUCCAGCACCUCGUCCCGCGGGCGUCCGGGCUGCCGCGGUCCGGCGAGGCGCCUGCUCCGCUGGCGGCGGGGGCGGCCGGCGCAGCUCCGGCAGAGGC